AUGGCGCAUCGGCCAAGUGACUCAAUUGCCCUUCGAUCGACACAGCGAGCGCCAAGGAGCUGUUUAUCUUGCUCAUCUCGCAAAGUCAAAUGCGAUAAAUCCGUUCCAUGCUCACGAUGCAUCAAGCGUGGCCAGGCUGAAUCAUGUGUCAGGGAAAUGGUCGUUAUACGCGGCCGGGUGACCACAUGGCAGGACAGUUCUGAGACCCUAACGUAUCAAGAGCUCAAAGAAGAAAAUGACCGUCUACGACGAGAGAUUAUUGCACUAAAGGCGCAGCAAGACCGCCACCCGAUCAUUAAUUUGACACAGGCUGAGGUAUCCGAAAAGUCACUGAACGACGUAGAGUACACCCCAGGUGAGCUUGAUGAUGACUUGUGGGAAAGCCUUGCCUCGGACUCCAAUAUCGACAGGUCAUCUGUAUCAAACUGGGCGGAUAUCAUUCUACCUAAUGCGAAUAUCAGCAAUAAACUUAUAGAGUUUGACAAGACGUGGAACUCUUGGGUACACUAUGCCCUGGAAUAUCCUCAGUUCAAGGACGAAUGCGACAGUUAUGUCGGCGGUCUAGAGAAAGGCUUACCACUCGAUAAAGCUGACGUUCCAUGGCUCGCUGUCUACUUCAGUGUCCUCAGUACAGCGCUUUUGAUGAUGGAAGAUGAUGAAACUCAAAGCCUGCAACUACCCGGAGGUUUCACCAUCGACGAGGUUUCUCGAAAUUGGUAUCACGCCGCCAUAUUCUGUCUUCAUAAAGCAGACUUUAUGCGAGUGCCUAAUGUGCACAAUGUGCAAGCAGUAGCUGUCCUAUGCAUGACCUUCAACAACCGGGGGGAUUCUGAGAUGGGUCAUCAUCUGCGGGUUUCUGCAAUUCGGAUCGCGCAAACUCUCCGAUUAGGCCAGGAUAGUGACGAACGCGAAGGACGGUAUCUAAGCAUUGAAGCAGAGCGUCGUUUAUGGUGGACACUGGUGAUCUGCGAAUGGUUGAACUUGACGCAUCAGCCACCAGUCAUAGAUGAAUCCGACUUCGGCGUCCCCUUACCAUCGGUUUCGCAACCAGAAGGAUAUGAGGGACUUGUCGACCCUGUACACUAUCAUAUCUUCAUGGCGCGAACAUCGCGAGUGAUUUACAAAUUCCGUAUAUCACUGAAAUAUGGCACCAAGUCGCUAGAAAACGUGGUGAACAUCGUCAAAACGGCCGACGAAGAAUUGGCGAGCAUUAUUGACACUCUGCCUAGCCAUUUACAGCCAGAGAGCGAUUCUACCACGAACGCAGAGAUACAAGCCCUUGAGACUUCUCAACCCUGGAUCAAGUGGCAGCGCUACGACUUGACUCUAGUCCUCUUACAUCUACGAAUGCACAUCAACCGUGUCCUUCAGAAGCAGUGGCUAUCUUCUCCAGAAGAAUAUAAUUGGGCACGAACGGUUAGCGUCACGUCUGCAAUGAGCCUCGUCUGGAUCAACCAAAGCUGGGACCAGCCGGCAUCAACCAGAAAGCAGUGGUAA